AUGACCUCCACAUACCGCAAACGCUGGUGCCAGGCGAAAAACGCUCGCAUACGCCCCAUUCUUCAAACCCUCGGAGAUACAAGACGCCCAGCAUGCCUAGCACGCCCAGCACGCUCACCACGCGCUCUAAGGGACCUGUCCACUCUGCGUGAGGCCUGGUUUGAGCUUUCCAAAUGCACCGUUGCCCGGGACACAUGUACAUGUGGAUUUUUCGCAUUCUUACAGCUCAAACAGAUCCGCCAGGGCGUCUCCCCCAUGGACGCCCUGGCGUCGCAGCAGCGACAAUGCGCUACAAAGCUGUCUCCUGCCCUGUUUCUCGACCAUCGUGAAAAAUUGGGGAAACCACGAGACGGAGAAAAGCGUGCCCUGGAGCAAAAACCGCGGCUUGGGGGAAUCGCGCGCCUGGCACGUUCGUGCCUGGUGCUAUGCGUCACCGCCGACGUGGAGCUCCGGGGCCCUCCCCUAUAA